UGCCAUCGGCGUCAACGGCGUCCACCACAUAUUCUGUCCUCCCCAUUGCUUUGAAUCCUUUCUUUGGUCCCGCAAUCAUGUCUGAGCUCUGUCCGCCAUACGCGCCAUUCUUUGGCUUUGCUGGUGUUGCGUCUUCGAUGAUAUUCAGCACUGUGGGUGCUGCGUAUGGAACGUCGAAGGCAGGUAUUGGUAUUGCUGGGCUUGGACAGUUCAGACCAGAGUUGAUCAUGAAGUCUCUCAUUCCUGUGGUCAUGUCCGGUAUCAUUGCCGUCUAUGGUCUCGUAGUGUCUGUACUCAUCGCGGGUGGUCUUGACCCAGCGAAGGACUAUACCCUCUUUGCUGGAUUCAUUCAUCUCGGGGCAGGUCUUGCAUGCGGUUUCACAGGUCUUGCUGCUGGGUACGCAAUCGGUAUCGUAGGAGACACGUGUGUGCGGGCCUAUGUUUACGAGUCUCGAGUAUUCGUGUCCAUGGUCCUUAUUCUCAUCUUUGCUGAGGUUCUGGGUCUAUAUGGGUUGAUCGUGGCCCUCAUUAUGAACUCAAAAGCGACAGAAUCGACGUGUUCAUGAUAUCACCUCCUUAUCCUCGCCCUCAUCCCUCCAUACCUUCAUUCUCACUCAACGAACCCCAGACAACCACGCAGUAAUCCAAUGUACGGACUGCAUAUGGAUACUUUGAGCCAGAUGUAUAUAUUCUCCGCGGUGUUCACAUGGAACGCUCUAAUUGCAACAUACUUCGG